AUGGAGGAUUGGGAAGAGGAGCGUGAAACUGUGAAGGCCGAUAUUAGCCAACUAAAGGAUCAAGUCGGUCAAAUUUUAGAAGCUUUGAAAGCCAUGAAAACUGCAGGAGAUACUUCGUCUGCAAAGGCCGAGGAUAAUACUCACCCUCCAAUACAUAACGCUGUGGGCACACAAUUCACGUUUCCAAUGUAUGGUUUACCACCAGGUUACACACCGCCCAUUGGAGAUCAGUCAGAAGAGCCUCCUUUGACACUUCCCAUAACUAAUAGCAUAAUUCCCACAAGUACCCAAGGGCCUAUCAUUGCAACCGAGGCAAAGACAAUUGAGGCAUCCAAGCCUCUCCACACCGUUAUCGCACAAGAAACUCCCUUGCAUGCAAAGGUAGAAGGAACAAAAGAUAAACUCGAUAUUUUAGAAGACAGACUGAGGGCCAUAGAAGGGUUUGAAAGCUACGGGUUUGGUGACGUGGCAAGGUUGAGUCUGGCCCCAGGAGUGACAAUUCCACACAAGUUCAAGGUGCCUAAAUUCGAGAAGUACAAGGGUAACACAUGCCCGAAGAAUCAUUUGACCAUGUAUUGUCGAAAAAUGGCUGCUUAUGCUCAUGACGACAAAUUACUUAUUCAUCUCUUUCAAGAUAGCUUGGCUGAUGCAGCAUUGAGUUGGUACACGCAUUUGAAUUCCUCUCAUAUCCAUUCUUGGGAAAAUCUGGCGGACGCCUUUAUAAGGCAAUACAAAUACAACAUACAUGAUGCGCCAGACCGAUUACAAUUACACCACAUGACAAAGAAAGAGGAAGAGUCUUUCAAGGAAUAUGCGCAACGAUGGAGAGAGUUGGCAGCGCAGGUUGAGCCACCUCUAUAUGACAAGGAGAUGGUUGCAAUGUUUGUGAGCACACUACAACCACCAUUUUAUGAGCAUAUGAUUGGAAACGUGUCUUCCAAUUUCGCUGAUAUCAUCAUCAUAGGCGAGAGGAUUGAGAUCGGAUUGAAAAGUGGCAAAAUUACGUCUCAAGCUAUCACUCCGAAGAAAUCUAUUUUUAAUGUGGGGAAAAAGAAAGAAGGGGGAGUGCAUGCGACAUCAUCAGUAUCUCUGUGGAGAGGUCAUGCUCCCACUCAUGGUUAUCCGCCAAGCUCGAGUUACCCUCCCUAUGUGAACAACACCACACCUGGUCCCCAAAUGAAAUAUCGUCAGCCAGGAUAUCAUCAACCCCAGAGGUCUCAAAUAAUGCUUGGAGAGCCAGAGCCGGUUUGGGUCCUGAUCAGAACAUGGGUUAAAGCGCUCACCCCAGGAGGGACCUAG